AUGGAAGAUAGCGGCACCAAGGGAGGCCGUGACAUGGGAGAAAGUGUCGCCAAGGGAGGUACCCAGGGCAACGAUGAAGGUGGCAACCCCGGAGUGAUGGGCGGUACCCAUGGUGCAGGUAGGGGCAACCCUGAAGUGGCGGGCGACGCCCAUGGCGCGACUGUUGGCGUGCUUGGCGAGGCACGACACGAGGCAGCUUGUGCGACGCCUUCGCGCAAGGGAGCAGUUGGGCAGCGCAAGCUGAGAGGUGCCAACUUGGGCGAUGUUAAGCGCUGGUGA